CACAUCAAAAUUCGCAAAAAUUCACACUUUAUUACCAAUGCAUUUCACUUCCUGUUGGCCAGGCUGUUGUUAUUUGUUAAUAAAAAAUAUCUCGACGUUUAACUUUGUCUCGGUUUAUUAUUAGAGAACAAAAAGUUUGUUUUCAUUUCCACAACUCGUGUAAACAGAAUUUCGUUCUAAAUAGACUACGUUCUCUAGUCGGACGUCAAUGUACUUGUUGAUAUCUAUCAUCAUCGUGAUCCGUUUUUUGUUCAACGACUUCAAAUAUUGUUUUUGAAAGUUAAAAUUUUUGAUGAGUGUCGGCUGGAAACGCACAGAUUCGGGCGGUUAUGAGUGCUUCUUAGAGUAUGAAAAAACCAGCAAUAUGGGAUGUGUGGAAUACGCCGCAACUUUUGGUUCUGUGCUUCUUCUGAUUCUCACUCUUCCAUUUUCGCUUUUUUGGUGCUUCAGGGUCGUUCAGGAAUACGAAAGAGCUGUUAUUUUUCGUCUAGGCCGAUUACGAACUGGUGGUGCUCGAGGCCCCGGCAUUUUUUUCAUCCUUCCAUGUGUUGAUAGUUAUCGUAAGGUUGAUUUACGGACAGUUUCAUUCGAUGUACCCCCACAAGAAGCUCUAACCAAAGACUCAGUCACGGUCACAGUCGACGCUGUUGUCUAUUACCGCAUUCAAGACCCUUUAAACGCAGUCACGAAAGUCACAAAUUACAGCAAUUCGACGCGACUUUUGGCCAUGACGACUCUCCGCAACAUUCUUGGAACACGCAAUUUGGCCGAAGUUCUUUCAGAUCGUGAGGCCAUUUCGCACGCUAUGCAAACAAAUCUCGACGUUGCGACUGAUCCAUGGGGCGUUAAAGUCGAACGAGUCGAAAUUAAAGAUGUUUCUUUGCCACAACAGCUGCAAAGAGCCAUGGCGGCUGAAGCUGAAGCUUCACGCGAAGCUCGAGCUAAAGUAAUUGCAGCUGAAGGUGAAAUGAAAGCUUCAAGAGCUUUGAAAGAAGCUGCAGAUGUUAUAAAUGAAUCACCGGCGGCUCUACAAUUGAGGUAUUUACAAACGUUGAAUAACAUUUCCGCUGAGAAAAAUUCGACGAUUAUAUUUCCUUUACCCAUCGACGUAAUCAGCUAUUUCUUGAAUUUCAAUAAUGGAACUAACGGAAGCCAAGUUAUUUAAUCACUUAUUAAUGUGCAAGUAAAUUAUUGUAGCAAAUUAAAAAAUUAAGAACGUCAA